AUGGGUUCCGGUCAAAUUCUCGGCGGAGGAAGUAGCGUCGGCGGUGGUGCUAAUAGUAGUGGUAAUAAUAGUUGUUGUGAUAUGAGUAUGAAGUGUUGGUGUAGAUGGAGAUUGGAAAAUCAACACUACUAUAACCGGUUUUUCUCUUCUGGUUUCGUUUUCUUCUUUGGUUGUUUCGUUUUGUUUGGAUCGAUUGCUAGCUUUUAUGGUUGGCUUGCGUUUUCUCCGGCUGUUCAUACCGCUCUUUCCCCUUUUGGGUGUCAAGAUGACAAUGAGGGUUCUUGGGCUAUUGGGAUUUUCUAUGGUGAUUCUCCCUUUUCUUUGAAACCUAUAGAAUUUUCGAAUAUAUCAAACGAUGAUAGCGCGGCUUGGCCGGUUGCUAAUCCUGUAGUGACUUGUGCUUCUGUUUCUGAUGCUGGAUUUCCGAGUAAUUUUGUUGCUGACCCUUUUCUUUUUAUUCAGGGAGAUGCUUUAUACCUGUUCUACGAGACAAAGAAUGCAGUCACCAUGCAAGGUGAUAUUGGAGUUUCAAAAAGUAUUGAUAAGGGAGCAACAUGGCAACAACUGGGAAUUGCCUUGAAUGAAGAUUGGCAUCUUUCUUAUCCUUAUGUAUUUCGGCACGAUGGCCAGAUAUACAUGAUGCCCGAGGGAAGUCAAAGAGGAGAUCUCCGUCUCUACAGAGCAGUUAACUUUCCUUUGCAGUGGAAAUUGGAAAAAGUCAUUAUAAAAAAGCCACUUAUUGAUUCCUUUAUCAUCGACUAUGAUGGAAAGUAUUGGCUUUUUGGCUCGGAUCAUAGUGGUUUUGGCACCAAGAGAAAUGGGCAGUUAGAGAUUUGGCAUAGCAAUUCACCUCUCGGUCCUUGGAAACCUCACAAGAAAAAUCCUAUUUAUAACGUUGACAAGAGCUUGGGAGCUCGCAACGGAGGCAGGCCAUUUAAAUACGAAGGAAAUCUUUAUCGCAUGGGUCAGGAUUGUGGUGAUACAUAUGGGAGACGGGUGCGUGCUUUUCAGAUAGAAACCCUUACUGCUGAAGAAUACAAAGAAAUUGAAGUACCUUUGGGCUUUGUUGAGUCAAACAAGAGUCGAAAUGCUUGGAAUGGUGCUAGAUACCAUCACUUAGAUGCCCAACGUCUUCCGUCUGGUGGUUGGAUUGGUGUAAUGGAUGGGGAUCGUGUUCCUUCUGGAGAUCCUAUCCGACGGCUCAUGGUUGGUUGUGCUUCUGUUGUAGUCGCUGCUAUACUCAUUGUGCUAUUGGGCGUGUUACUCGGGUUUGUAAAUUGUAUUGUCCCUCUCCAUUUGUUCAUUCAUAACUCAGGGAAGAGGAAUCUAACCUCCUUGUCUUGGGAAAGGCCAAAUGCAUUCUCUUCAAAAGUAAGACGGUUCUGUAGCCGUGUGAACCGAGCCCCAACGUUUCUCCGAGGUAAGAUAAAGCAUAAUGCUUGUGCUAGGAGGAUUAUUCUUACUAUAAUUUUUGUAGUUGGAGUUGGAUUGAUGUGCAUAGGAUUCAAAAACAUUUAUGGUGGUAACGGUUCAGAAGAACCUUAUCCAUUGAAAGGUCGAUACUCGCAGUUCACAUUAUUAACAAUGACUUACGAUGCUCGUCUCUGGAACUUGAAGAUGUAUGUGAAACAUUACUCAAGAUGCUCUUCCGUGUCCGAAAUAGUUGUAGUGUGGAACAAGGGAAUCCCUCCAGAAAUGAGUGAUCUAGAUUCAGCGGUACCAGUCAGGAUUAGGAUAGAGGAGAAAAACUCUCUAAAUAACCGAUUCAAGGAAGACCCGUUGAUAAAAACUCGAGCAGUCCUCGAGCUCGAUGAUGACAUUAUGAUGACAUGCGAUGAUGUCGAACGAGGCUUUAAUGUCUGGCGUCAACAUCCUGACCGGAUUGUCGGAUUCUAUCCCCGGCUUAUCGCUGGGAGUCCAUUAAAGUACAGAGGAGAAAAAUACGCGCGGAGGCAUAAAGGCUACAACAUGAUUCUUACCGGUGCAGCCUUUAUCGAUUCAACACUAGCUUUCAAGAGGUACUGGGGGGAGGAAGCAAAACAAGGGAGGGAAACUGUGGACAAGUUAUUUAACUGCGAAGACGUUCUUUUGAAUUAUUUGUAUGCAAAUGCAAGUUCUUUAUCAAGAACAGUUGAUUACGUCAAACCAGCUUGGGCAAUUGACACUUCAAAGUUUUCUGGCGCAGCGAUUAGUCGUAACACGAAGGUGCAUUAUGGAUUGAGAAGCAACUGUCUGAUGAAAUUUUCGGAGAUGUAUGGAAGUAUAGCGGAUCGAAAAUGGGGAUUUGACAGUAGAAAAGAUGGUUGGGAUGUAUAG